AUGGGCCGGCUACGAGGCAAAGGCUCCACACGUGCUUGGCUUGGUCAGCGCUCCACGGUGCUCUUGGCACCCAGUGGCCUGGAUGAGGACGUCGGGACAAAGGAUCGUUCUCCUCCACAAAGCCAAUUGCAAGUCGAGUGGGCCCAUGGCUACAAUGGGCAGGUGGUGAACGCGGUCCACUGGAUCUCUGAUGAGGAGUUUGUCUUUUGUGUAGCCGCUUUGGGCGUGGUCCAACGCUUGAAGCCUGCUAAGCAGCGGAUCUUCGUCGGCCACAGCCAGCGGAUCACCUGCUUGAGCUAUUGCCCUGCCUCGCGCCUGUGCGCCUCUGGUCAGAUGGAUCCGAAGGGCGGCGCAGGCCCCUUCAUUUGUCUUUGGCGCCCAGCAGAUUGCAUCUUGCUGUCCGUCCUGGUCUUCCGCAUGCACGAGGAGCAGAUUUGCUCACUAUGCUUUAGCCCGGAUGGUAGCAAGCUCUUCAGCAUCGGUCGUGACUCUGCCAGCACCUUGGCCAUGUGGGAGAACUUUUUGCCAAAGAUGGGCAAUAGCGUGAGCGCUACGAUGGAGCUCCCUAAGGUCUACCGCACACCGAUGGCCAAGGUGGCCACCGGCAAAGUGCCGGCUUUCGGCAUGGCCAGUUGCAACGCGGUUCCCGAAGUGAAGAUCGCGAUCUUUGACGCAGGCCACGGCACCAUCGGAAUUGUCUUGAAGUUCUUCACCGUGGGGGACAACGCUGAACUCUAUGGCCGUGCGGCCAUUUUUCCGGAUGCCGCCCCACGGCACGUGCUGAACUGCGCGUGGCUUGGGGAGCGAUGCAUAGCCUGCGGCGACCAUGGGGAGCUCUACCUCUUCGAGGGCAACAGCUGCGUGUGCAGCCGACGGCUGACGGGGAAAGCACUGGGCUUUGCGGUGCCAUUGAGAGAUGGCCUUUUGGCGGGCGGCAAAGACUCAGUCCUUCACUUUGUCAACGUGUGCGGAAAACACAUGGAAGUGGCCUCCUCGGUGCCUUUUGCGCAGAUGAAGGGCGCCGCAGUCUUCAACGGGCCCCUACCGCUGGCCACCGCGGCGGCCAGCAAUGCCGGGGUGUUGGUGGGUUCUGAUGAUCAUCACCUCAUAAUGCUGGAUGCAGAUGGACGCAGGGUGAAGCAGCUGCUGCAGGUCUCACACCAAGGUGAGCUCCAUGCUUUGGCGCUGCACCCGGACCUUCAGCUGAAGUUGUUGGCCUCGGGCGCCACUGAUGCCAUGGUGCGCUUCUGGGAUCUUCGGGACAAUCACCCCGUGGUGGGCCGAGUCCUAAACCUUCAGGAGGGCGAUGGAGCAAAGAGCUCGGGCAUCUACUCAAUGGCCUUCAAUCCUUCGGGCUCGCUCUUGGCGUGUGGCUUCGGCAAUGGUCGCCUGCACUGGCUGCGCUUCCCGCAGCUGCAGCCGCUUGCCGCGCCCGUCCGUUGCGGGCGCGAGCGCCUGGCGGCGCUCGCCUUCGUGGGGGAUGAGAUGCUAGCUGCGGGCAGCUGGGAUCAGAUGGUCUACCUCUUCAGCACUGACCAGCCCGCUUCGCCCUUGCGGGUUUUGAAAGGCAAUACGAGUUCCGUGACUCACAUGCAGAUCACCCUGGACCACCAGUUUCUGAUGACCAACUCCAAGGAUGGACAGGUCCUCUAUUUCAAUCUGGGCACCGGUGAGCGGGUAACGCAGGAAACCGCCAAGGACCUGCCAUGGGAGGUUUGGACGUGCCCAUGCGCUUGGCAUACGAUGGGCAUGUGGGCAGCCCAUCGCCACUUCAGCAUCCACAACAUCAAAUCCUGCCGAGCCUUGGGAUUUGCAACCACAGGGGAGCAACUGCUUGUGGCGGGCGACACCUCACACCGUGUGAAGUUGUAUCACUUCCCUUCAGGCUGCGAUCAAGGAUUUCACACGUAUGACGGCCACGCUGGCUUUGUCGCGGCCAUGCUCACCGUCCCUCUGCCGCCUUCGCCUGGCGACGGGGCGACGGCGGCCGCGCCGUGGUCCGCGACGCACGUGAUCACCGCGGGGGGCGACGACCGGGCCAUUGUGCAGUGGCGCUUGGUGUCCAGUGCUUCUGCGCGGCGCGCGGUGGCUUGGCACGAGGCCUCUCAGGCUGCGGUGGAAGUCCUGCGUCCCAGCGAUCCGCGGGAGCCACGGCCGCGCGAGAGGACCCUGUGGGAGCGGGACGAGGAGCACAAGGAUCGGACGGGCCGAAAGACGUCCGUUCCAGGCCCGUGGGUCCAGCACGGGGGCAGUGGCGCUUCCGGUCUGCCCUACGCGGAGCAUCUUGUGGAGACGGUGCCACGCCGUGAGCGGCUGCGAGGCUCCUGUGAGGUCCCCGAUGGCGAAGGCUACUUUGCUGGCCGCAGCACCACGGCCAUGGCGGCCGGCUCUGGCCCGCGGCGCGGGUCGCCGCGGCGCGCAGCGCGGGUCGCCGAGGGUGCCGCUGGCAUGACGUCGCAGGCGAAGAAUGAACGCAAGUCCUUCCGCCAGGGUGGGCUCUUCAAGGGCCGCGACUGGUUGGACUCGGGCGCCAUCAUCGCCAGCGUGGCGAGUCACGUGCAGCUGCCCCAAGAUGACUGA